AUGUCUUUAUCCUCCCGAUCAUCUGGAUCUGGUAGUCGUGCAGCUUCUCCUGAAGAUGAAAACGGGAAGCCUAGACCUGAGUCACCCGCUUUAUCAGCAGCUCUGAAACAAGAUCGAUAUGCAGAUCUUAAGCGACGUUCGGCUAAUGCCUUUACCGUGUUCGCUAAUGAGGAACGAGAGAAAUUGAUGAAAACUCAUCCCGACUUACCGAUGGGGCUCGUUACGCGGAUGAUGGUUGAGAAGUGGAGGACUCUUGACAAUGAGGCGAGGAAACCCUAUUUCGAAGCGUCUCGUGUUUCUGCUACUAAAACGAAAGACAUCACGGAGGAGUUCAUGCCAGCAACAGUUCCUGCGAAAAAACUGCGCACGUCUGCUCCGUGUACGUCUUCAGGUCUUACUAUACCUGCAAGCGAACAAGUUCCUGCUUUAGACAGUACUUCAAAGCAACCUGAGAGGGUGAUAAUUGUGCAAGCGCGAAACCAGCUUGGUAUUCAAGUCAAAGUCAAGAUUAAGAAGUCAUACGGCGGUAUAGCACCAACUGGUUGGGAGUGCUACUCGUACAUUGUCUAUCUGAAAUCUGUCGGAUUGACGCUGGCGGUUUUGUGA